AUACAAAUCCAAAAUAAACAAAGAGAGAAGGUAAAAAAAAAAAAAAAAAAAAAAAAAGUAAAGGGGAAAGUAGUUACUGUACCAUCUCACCAUUUUUUCAAUCAUUAAAUACUCAACCGCAGUACGCCAAUAGUAAAAAAUAAAAAAAUAAAAAAAAAAUAAUACCCAUGUGAAAAUGAAUAAAAUCCACGAAAGCUGAAUCCUUUUUUUGCUGCAUCUCACGCAUACAUAUAUAUAUUAUCUUAUAUAUAAAUACAGGGUCUCUGUUUCUCUCACUGCAAGCUUCUUCAUUGAGAGCAAACCAAAUCACCGACACUUUCGGAGGAAAAAAAAAUGAGCCAAUGAGCGGAGCUGAUUGCUUUCUCCGUCACAGAUCUGUAUCCGGAUUAUAAACAAAGGUGCAAUAUUGAGAAAUCUCAGGAGUGAUUGGAAAGUGUAGAAGUUAAAGAUGGCUUUAGGAAAAUACUCGAGAGUUGACGGUAGGAAAUCGUCUUCGGGCUAUUGUUCGACGGUGACGAUUGUGGUUUUCGUAGCCCUUUGUCUGGUUGGGGUAUGGAUGAUGACGUCGUCGACGGUUGUCCCGGUUCAGCCGUCCGAUGUUUCGCAGGAGAACAAGAACGAGUUGAAAACGGACGUGACCGAAACAAAUGCCGAGAAUCAAAACGAUGCUACGAACAACGAGGACAAUAGCAAUGCAAAUGAAGAUAAUGGCGAGGGGAAACAGAAGCAGUUUGAGGACAAUCCAGGUGACUUGCCCGAUGAUGCGACCAAAGGUGACAAUAACGUCGGUUCGAAUAAUCAGGCGGAGAAAAACGAAGCACCUGAAGAGACUGAUAAGAGCACUGAGCAGAAGCCUGUGGAAGAGAAAAAAGAUGAAGUGGAGGAAAAGAAGGAGGAAGAUGGAUCGAAAGACGAAUCGGAAAACGGGGAGAAAAAGAAAGAUGAAGAAAGUAAUCAAGAUUCCGAAUCUGAUGACACCAAAGAGAAUACUUCCGACGAAAGUGAGAAAAAGUCUGAAGAAAAUAAUUCUGAUGAGAAUGAGAAGAAGUCUGAUGAUAAUAACGGAGAAGGGCAGAUAGAGGAGAAGGUGGAUAACAAGAAAGACGACAAGUCGGAUGAGAACAAGGAAAAAUCGAGCGAAGUUUUCCCAUCUGGAUCUCAAUUAGAGCUUACCAAUGAAUCAACGGUCCAAAAUGGUUCGUUUUCGACACAGGCUACAGAGUCGAAAAAGGAGAAGGAAGCUCAAAAAUCAUCACAAUCGGAGAGCCAAAGUAAAUCUACUUGGAAACUUUGCAAUACCACAGCGGGGUAUGAUUACAUUCCUUGCCUUGAUAAUUUGGAGGCAAUAAAGAAACUUCAUACAACUAAGCACUACGAGCACAGAGAGAGGCACUGUCCGGAUAAUCCUCCUACUUGCCUCGUUCCUUUACCUGAAGGGUAUCAACGCUCGAUUGAGUGGCCAAGAAGUCGGGAAAAGAUUUGGUACCAUAAUGUUCCCCAUACUAAGCUUGCGGAAGUUAAAGGACACCAAAAUUGGGUUAAAGUUAGCGGCGAGUACCUAACCUUUCCCGGUGGUGGGACCCAGUUCAAGCACGGUGCUCUUCACUACAUUGACUUCAUACAACAGUCUGUGCCUGAAGUUGCAUGGGGAAAGCGUUCUCGACUUGUUCUAGAUGUUGGGUGUGGAGUUGCUAGCUUCGGUGGUUUUCUAUUUGACAAGGAUGUGUUGACUAUGUCAUUAGCCCCAAAGGAUGAACACGAAGCUCAGGUUCAAUUUGCACUCGAAAGAGGAAUCCCUGCUAUUUCUGCUGUUAUGGGUACUAAAAGGCUCCCUUAUCCCGGUAGAGUUUUCGAUGUUGUUCAUUGUGCUCGUUGUAGGGUGCCUUGGCAUAUUGAAGGCGGUAAGCUUCUGUUGGAGCUGAACCGUUUGCUACGACCUGGUGGUUUCUUUGUUUGGUCUGCGACUCCCAUUUACCAGAAACUUGAGGAAGAUGUUGAGAUUUGGGAAGACAUGAAAAAAUUGACACAAGCAAUGUGCUGGGAAGUUGUUUCGAUAACAAAGGACAGAGUAAACGGAGUUGGAAUUGCUGUAUAUCGCAAGCCUCUUACAAACGAGUGCUAUGAACAAAGGCCAAAAAGUGAUCCUCCUCUAUGCGAAGAAUCUGAUGAUCCAAAUGCUGCCUGGAAUGUGCCUUUACAAGCAUGCAUGCACAAACUGCCAGUUGCUUCGACAGAACGUGGGUCCCAAUGGCCAGAACUGUGGCCUGCCAGGGCUGCGAAGGCGCCUUAUUGGCUGUCGAGUUCCGAGGUUGGAGUUUACGGAAAGCCUGCUCCAGAAGAUUUUGCAACCGAUUAUGAACACUGGAAGCGUGUAGUAAAGAACUCUUAUCAAAGUGGUUUGGGAAUAAACUGGUCUACUGUCAGAAAUGCCAUGGAUAUGCGAGCUGUAUACGGAGGAUUGGCUGCUGCGAUGAAAGAAUUGAAUGUUUGGGUUAUGAACAUAGUCUCUAUAGAUGCACCCGACACACUGCCCAUCAUAUACGAAAGGGGUUUAUUUGGAAUUUAUCACGACUGGUGUGAAUCUUUCAGUACUUACCCGAGAUCUUACGACCUUCUCCAUGCAGACCAUCUCUUCUCCAAGAUUAAAACGAAGUGCAAUAUCAUGGCAUUGGUUGCGGAGGUUGAUCGGAUUUUGAGACCAGAGGGGAAGAUAAUUAUUAGGGAUACUGUUGAGAUUAUUAAUGAAAUGGAGAGUGUGUUCAGAUCUAUGCAUUGGGAUAUUCGAAUGACGUACUCGAAAGACAAGGAAGGAUUGUUGUGUGCACAGAAAUCUAUGUGGCGGCCUACUGAGGUGGAAACCGUGACUUACGCUAUUGGUUAAAAAAGAAUACACACACACUUCCGAUUAUUGAAGCUUCGUUUUCGUACCACGAAGGUUAGGUACUUUGCUUUUAUUUUUUUGUUAUUUGGACCUGGCUAUAUCAUCAUGUAUCACGCCUUAAGCCAAAUUUAGUGUUUUGUUUUUAGCUUUAAUUUCUUGGUUUAGAGGUUUUGUCGAAGUUUCCUUUUUCGUUGUAAUCAUGUAAAAUUAGGGGCUGUGAAGAGCAAGAAACGCAUACACUGCAGAAAAAAACAGUACUGCUAAAAUUCGUUUUUCUGAUUCAAAUGCUAUUAUUAUUCGUUGAAAUUUUGAUUAGAUAUUUCAUUUUUUUUUUUA